AUGAGGAAACGGAUUCCGGGGCUCGCCGCGUGGGGGUCGCCGGCGUCACGGAGUCUGAUCCAACGGGGAGUCUUUCCUUUUUCAUCGCAAUCGACCUGCGCGGGAAGCUUCGCUCCUAGCCCUCGGCGCGUUCCCGCGGCAAUGAAUCACCGACACAAGGUGCUGGUGUUUCAGGAUGGACUCGCUGGUCAUCUUUCGACGACUCAGGCAUCGCCCUCCUUGCUCUUCCAACGGAGCUUUCCGUGUCGUUUCUCAUCCUCUUCUUCGCCGCCGGCGAGCGAUUCUGCCGCAUCGUCUCCAGCGCGCCCGUCCCCACCUGUCUCUUCUCCAGUGAGCGACUUGGCUGAGUCUGCCGGAUGCUCACCCACACCGUCUGUGGAUCCUCCUGGCGCCUCGCCUGUCACUUCUUCGUCCUCCUCCUCGUCUUGCUCCUCUUCGUAUCCGCUCGGGAUCAAACAGACGUUGCCGCGCAAGCUCAUCAAGCCGACGCGUUCCUCGCUGGCUGUCGCGGCGUCGCCUUCGUCGUCUUCUCCGCCCCCGUCGGCGGGCUCUUCGGCGGGCUCCGAGCUUGUCGUUUACGAGCGCCCAGGCGGCUCACGCUGGGUCCGCAGAGAGCAGCUGUCGCUGUACCUGGCGCACGCAGUCGGGCUUGGAUAUUUCCAGGCUCUUUUUGAGGACUCUGCACUGGAGCCCGCGGCGGUCUUCGAUCUGCUGUGCGACUUCGUACGUCGGUCCGCCGCCGAGCGUCCAGCUGCAAGUGAUAAAGCUGACAGUCAUGAGCACACGCCGAGAGAAGGACAAGAGAGCCAUGCAGACGACAAGGUGACGGCGACGGAGUUGGCUGAAUUGAUGCGGAACUGCGUCUCAUCGCGGUUUCGAGAUGUUGACAUUCUCGAUGUUCUGGCGGAUGUCCUGGGCUCGCUCGUCAUCGGCUCCGCUGACGUCCCCCUCCUCGUCGACAUCGCCAACUCGUGCGCCGCUCUCGCGCUUCUCCGCCCUCGUCUGUUCGCCGCAAUCUCCUCGCGUCUGACGGCAGUUCUGCCUCCGCUCUCGCCCUCUCCGUCCAGCGUUUCUUCUGCGUGCGCGAAUCUGUCGCCGGCCGACGCCGUGUGUCUCCUCGAGGCCUUCAGCCGUCAGCGUUUCCGCGACUCCGACCUUCUGUCUCUUCUGCUUCGUCCGCUCUCGCCCUGCCUUCCUUCGCUCUCCCCGCGCCUCGCCUGUCGCCUCCUGCACGCGCUCGCCGGCCUGGGCAGCGACGCCGCAACCGCGGAGACAACCGAGGCCCUCCUGGCACGGAUUUCUGCGGGCGUGGCGUUGCCAGGCGAAGAGGGAAAGACAAAGUCAGGGCUGGACAAGAGGGCAGCGAGUGGCGAGCCAAACGAGGCCCUCAGACUGGCGGAUCUGGCGAAAGCGGUCCACGCGCUCUUGCUCUUGGAAAUCGAACUCGAGCAGAAGCCACUGCUUGAAAACUUGCUCGCUGCAAUGGCUCCGGAGAUUUUUGAGCGCCCAGUCGACUUCUGGGCGCGCUCGCCAUCUGCCAUUUCUCUACAUAAGCGCUUGCUUCUGCUGCGGACUGCCCUCCGCCACUUACACCGCGAGACGAUCUACAACGGUCUCCAGCCGAGCGUACGCCAGGCGUUUCGUCGGCUCCAGCGUGCUGAGAUUGUCUCGACGCCGCGCGCGCCUACCUACUUCGUGACGCGCAUGAGCGCCUUGCUGACGCGUCUUCGCAUUGCUCACUUUUGCUACGCCACACGAGGUCCGCUCGUGUUUGACGUUCUCGAGCGGGAUCGGCCCCUGGUCUGGCAGUGCAACACAGUCGACCGGUUCUACGUGAACAGCGCGGAGAAAACCUCAGCAGCGAAGCUUCAGGAACGAAUCACCAAAGCGAUGGGCCUUCGAGUGGUGAACUGCGAGUACUGGCAAUGGAUGAAGAUGAAGCGCAAGCGCACUCGACUCGAGUAUAUUCGCAUGCAGAGAUACUACACACUGAAAGAUCGGAGGCAGCACGACCCGGAUUUCGAAGGCUGGACGCUGCCUCUUGUUCACCACAUGCAUCGCCGAAAUCGUCUGCACUAUGACUAUUAUUUCCCCAACUAUACUCCUCUGUCUCGCGUGGAGUACUAA